AUGAACUUUUCGCAUUCAUUUGGAUUAUUGUCGAAGAAAAAGUUAAAUAUAUACGAUGAUCCAAGACCAGAAAUAGUGGUCGUGGAGACACCUACUAAAAUAGAGGAGACUAUAAGGCAAACCAGGUUUAAAGCAAAAAAAGCUUUGGAAGAUACCGAGAAUCAAUUCAGACAAGUAUCGGAUCGUUGGAUUUCAAUUGAACAGAAGACUGAAAGAGCGAUUAAUGAUGUUGUGUCACCUAAAGAGCGAUUGAUACCUGAAGUUUUGUAUGUUGGAGUUGCCGGUCUUGCAGGCUCUGUGCUAGCUAAAAAUCGUGGUGCAUUUUUGCGCCUAACAACCCCAAUAGUAUUCACUAUCGCAGCUUCUUACUAUUUCUUGCCAAUAACAUCACGUAAUAUUGCAAGAAAACUUUUUGAAUACGAGCAACAAUCACCAGCAUUGGUAAAUAUCCAUAAAUCCAUCUCUCAAACAACCGAAGAGUCAAAAAACAAAAUUGAUGAGGCCAUGUCUGAUAUAAGACAUACCCUUAACGAUCAAGUGAAAAAAGUUGAAGCCGAAGUUAAAAAGAUAUGGAAAUAA